AUGUGGGGACUUGUACAAGGGAGUGAACAUCGCAUAUUAUACGCUCAACAAUGGCCAACGGGGAUAGAACGCACUGGCAAUGCGUCUGGUCUUUACACAUUGCUUCAAAGUCAACAAAGGAUCCUGCUUGAUCCUACCGCGAUACCUGCCUACGUCGUAAGCGCGUCUAUCCUAACCUUACUGGUCCAGCUCGCCCUCCAGUCGAAGACGUCAAACGAAUCGUCGGUCAUUCUAACGGGCCAUGAAGGUACAGAAACUUCGAAUGCGUCAGAGAUCGACGGAAUCCGAUCCACCGUAGCGCAACGCAUUAAGCAGCUCGGGGGAAAUACCAUUUUUGCAUUCAAAGUCUUCCGUCUUUUGUUGUCAGUCAUAUUGCUAGCCUUGUCGAUUAUAACCUUGCGUCUGGCGGAUCAUGGUCCCAGCCCGGAAAGCAUAGAGUCCAGUAUGUGGUUCCAAAACGGAGUAUGCGCGGCAUUUGGUUACGCGUCCUUAUUGGCGCUUGUGUCUGUUACAGCCAACCCGAGCCAUGGCAGACUACUCAUACAACAUGGUAACCUGGUCCUCUUCGUUAUGUGGGCGCUGUACUUGUAUCGUGAUGUGUGGCCUCUGGCAACAUACGUCUUGUCGCCAGCGGACAUUCAAGAAGGACCCCUGCUAUGGGCUAAGCUUUCUAUGCUCACGCUUGCGGCCGUUGUGAUUCCUCUUUGCGUACCUCGAGAGUAUGUCCCUCUAAACCCUAAGGAACCCUUGUCCAUUCCAAGCCAAGAACAAACAGCUUCCAUCCUAUCGAUGAUGCUCUAUACAUGGCUUGACAAUACAAUAAUCACCGCGAAUCGGAUAGCUCAUCUUUCCACCGACCAACUCCCCGUGUUGGCUGAUUAUGACAUGGCGAAGAAUCUGGUUCAUCGCAGUUUUCCUUACAUGGAUCCGUUUCAGCUGAGGAGGAGACGCCACAUGUUUUGGGGCAUCGUCAGGGUCUUCCAGACCGACUUUUCAGUUAUGGGUCUCAUGUUGUUCCUGCGAACAAUCGCAGAUUUCGGCUAUCCUAUCGGCAUCAAUCUCGUUUUGAGCUACGUCGAAAUCCACGGAAAAGACUCCGUUGUGCGUCCAUGGGUGUGGAUAUCGUUUCUGUUUAUUGGACCCUGUAUCAGCACCAUCUGUUUCCAAUGGUACAUUUUCAUCUCAACAAGAAAUGUGGCUCGUAUCACUGCCAUAAUUACUCAGCUCGUGUUUGACCAUGCUCUGCGGGCUCGCGUAAAGGCUGACGUCAAUGAGGCAUCUAUUGGGACAGGCAUAUCUACGGCGGUUGCUACCCCUGACAAUGUCUCUGAAACAGAACCUGGCAGUUCUGAGAUUCCUCAGGAGCAUAGUGGCGGUUCUUCCGAGGAAGGGGAAGAAGGUUCUGCAGCUACGCUGAGUGUGGACACAUCUUCCAUGAAGGGCAAGCAGAAAAAGAAGGCAAGCUUAGAGGAUAGUGGAAGCACGAAGCCAGAACCGACGGCUACCGCUACGUCCGAUGAAAAAGGGAGGGACAUGGUCGGCAAAAUCACCAAUCUUAUCUCCACUGACCUCAAUAAUAUCACCGAGGGACGGGACUUCUUAUUUUUCAUAAUUGAAGUACCUUGGAAGAUCGGAUUGUGCAUUUAUCUAUUAUAUUCUCUUCUUGGAUGGAGUGCAUUCGUUGGAAUGGCCGUUAUUGUUAUGGCGAUCCCCUUGCAAGCUUUUUUCGCCUCCAAGAUUCAAGGAUAUCAAAAGGAGAAAAUGAAAAAGACAGACACACGCGUGCAAGCUGUAACCGACGUCCUCGGCGUCAUGCGCAUGAUCAAACUUUUUGGAUGGGAACCUCAGGUCGAAGAACAAUUGGCGCAGAAACGUAAUGACGAACUGAAAUACCAACUGAAGUUCAAAUUGUUCAACUUCUUCAACAACUAUAUGACACACAUCGUUCCGAUCCUCACCAUAGUUGUGGUCUUCGUUGCAUAUACCGCCUUAAUGCAUCAGGAGCUUACCGCUGCCCUUGUCUUUUCGUCUAUCGCUCUGCUUGAUAUGCUGCGCCGUGCGCUCGUCGGGAGUUUCCGAACGCUGCCGCAGAUAAUAGCAGGCAAGGUAUCACUCGAUCGUGUGAACAAUUUCUUGUAUGAGACGGAGCUUCUUGAUGCCUUCUCCGACGGUGCAGACGCCGCGCCAGUCAACAGCCUUUUCCGUGAAGACGACGAGGAUGUCAUCGGAAUACGCAAUGCGUCGUUCACUUGGGCGAACAGCAAUGAUGGGACGUUGACACCUGGGCCUCGACGGCGGAAUUUUGUCCUCCACAUAGAUGACGAGCUCACGUUCAAGCGCGGCCAUAUUAAUCUCAUUAUCGGCCCCACGGGAUCCGGGAAGACGUCUGUGUUGAUGGCCCUGCUGGGCGAGAUGCAUUACAUACCCUCAGGUCCGGAUUCAUACGUCCUCCUUCCUCGUGCUGGCGGUAUUGCUUAUGCCGCACAGGAGUCGUGGGUCCUGAGUGAAACGAUCCGCGACAACAUCCUGUUUGGGGCACCAUUUGACGAAGAGCGAUACAAUAAGGUUAUCGAGCAAUGUGGUCUCCAACGGGACCUCAGCCUGUUCGAUGCUGGGGACAAGACACAAGUCGGAGAGAAAGGACUCACCUUGAGUGGCGGCCAGAAGGCUCGCAUAACCCUUGCCCGUGCCGUGUAUUCUUCCGCGGAAGUCCUCCUCCUGGAUGAUGUUCUCGCUGCUCUCGAUGUACACACUGCCAAGUGGAUCGUCGAAAAAUGUUUCAAGGGCGACCUGAUUCGUGGACGCACUGUGAUAUUGGUCACUCACAAUGUCGCUCUGGCAAGCCCCAUAUCCGAGUUUGCAGUGUCUUUGGGGUUGGAUGGCCGCAUCCACAGUCAAGGCUCACUAUCCAAAGCUCUCGAGGAAGAUCAAGAACUAUCUGCAAAAUUUGUAGAAGAGCUCAAGGUGGAAGAGGAGAUUAUCGAUGAACACACAGACGCGAAAGCCCAGCAAUCAGACGGGAAGUUGUUCGUGUCGGAAGAAAUUGCCCAAGGGCAUGUCGGCUGGCCCGCGAUCAGUAUGUUUGUGAAUACUGUGGGAGGAAGGUUCCCUGCCAUUUUCUGGUUCGUAACCAUUGGCAUGUUAUUCGUAGAUGAAGUCUGCGAGGUUCUCCAACCGUGGUUCCUCGGUGUAUGGGCACGUCAGUACGAAGAUCAUCCGUCUUCAGAGGUGUCAAUAACAUACUAUAUGAGUAGCUACUCUCUCUUGGUGCUGGCAAAUGUAGCGGCGUAUAGCAUUUCAUACGUCGUGUUCCUCUACGGGACCUUACGAGCUGCGCGGAUCAUUCACAAGAGGCUGAUGAACUCCGUACUAGGCGCAACCUUGAGAUGGCUUGAUGUGACUCCGACCUCACGCAUUGUCUCUCGCUGCACUGAGGACGUGAAUACUGUGGAUGGGACUUUUUCAGACUACACCCUGUACUUGAUGUCGAUAACGGCAGCGCUGAUCAUGCGACUGGUCGCAGUUUUGGUGAUGUCCCCGAUUUUCACUGUUCCUUCAGUAGUCCUUGCGAUGAUCGGUGGAUGGUGCGGCCAACUAUAUGUGAAAGCGCAAUUGUCUGUCAAGCGUGAAAUGGGUGUUGCUCAUGCGCCCGUUCUGGAAAAUUUCGGCUCUGCAAUUUCGGGCCUAACAUCUAUUCGCGCAUAUGGUGCUCAGGACCUGUUCAGGAAACAGGGUUACCAUCGCAUGGACACCUACAUAAGGUCAAAGCGAACUCUGUCCAAUCUCCAUCGAUGGGUAUCUACCCGCAUAGAAAUACUUGGAGCAGUGUUCUCCACCUGCUUGGCGACAUAUCUGGUAUACGCGACGUCGUUCGACGCCUCGGACCUUGGCUAUACGUUGAACAUGGCAGUUGAAUUCUCUACUUUGAUUCUUUGGUGGACUUUAAUGGGAAACCAAACCGAGAUCAGCGCCAAUAGCCUGGAGCGUAUUCAUCAAUACACAGUCGUCGAGCACGAGCCGAAAGCGACCGACGCUGGUGCGCCUCCAGCGUACUGGCCCACGAGCGGAUCCCUGAAAGUCGAAGGACUCGCCGCUCGCUACUCUUCUAAUGGUCCGCGGGUUCUGCAAGAUAUCUCGUUUGACAUCAACUCUGGAGAACACAUUGGCAUUGUUGGACGUACCGGAAGUGGAAAGAGUUCCUUAACUCUUGCGCUUCUGCGCUGCAUCAUCACCGAGGGGAAAGUCUACUACGAUGGCGUUCCGACUGACUCAAUUAACCUAGAUGCUCUGCGAUCGAACAUCACCAUCAUUCCGCAAAUGCCUGAGUUGCUGAGCGGGAGCUUGCGACAGAACCUGGACCCGUUCGAGGAGCACGACGAUGCCGAGUUGAACGACGCGCUACGUGCCGCAGGGCUGUUCUCUGUGCAGAGCGAGACGGACGAAGGGAGGAUCACGCUGGACAGCGAGAUCAGCAGCGCAGGCGGCAAUUUGUCGGUUGGUCAACGCCAGAUCCUCGCGUUGGCCAGAGCGAUUGUGCGGCGGAGCAAGCUACUAAUCUUGGACGAGGCUACAUCUGCAAUCGACUAUGAAACUGAUACGGUCAUUCAGAUGUCGCUGCGUAAGGAGCUUGGCAAAGAUGUGACCCUGCUCACGAUCGCACAUCGGCUCCAAACCAUCAUGGACGCCGACAGGAUAAUGGUUCUUGAUGCCGGUCGUGUUGUUGAAUUCGACACGCCCCGGGAAUUGUUGAAAAAAGACAUGGGCAUGUUCCGGGCGCUCGUUGACGGGAGCGGAGACAAGGACAAGUUGUAUGCUUUGGUUCGUGGCGGCAGUGCAUCCACUUCAUGGCCUCCGUGA